AUGUCGUCGGUGGUGUUCAAUCUAUCAAGGAAAUUGAGGAAAACGAGUGACUUGGACAGCUUGGAGUAUUCCUCGUCUAGUAAUGCUUCUGUCUCGCCGAGGCCUGCCUCGUUGGCGAACUCCUUUUUCGAACGCUCGUGCUUGGAAAUUUCGGCCUCGGCUUCCAUCACGGUCUGGUUAGCUUCCUCCACGAGCCGUCUGACGUUCUGGAAAACCUCAUUUAUCUGGACAUUGUCCAGCCCGUCCGACGACGACGCAAGAAAUGUCAGAUGGUUCAACGAAUUCACCAGAGGCUUGUCCUCGGUACAAUCCAAAGCUCGGCGAUCAUACAAAGUGGAUGUUAUCGAAACGGCUGCCUUGUUUGCCGUCAGCAACCUUGGAAGUCCAGGUCUCGAGCUGUCCCUUCAUGGCCUGGAUUUGUUCCACAGUCAUUGUUCUAGGCUGGAUCCACGUGACUUCGACCUCGGAGUCAACCUCGUUAAUCAAACCUUUAAUCAAUUGCAAACUAAAGCACUUGAUAAUCAAGUUCUCCACCUCGUUGUGGUCUUUCAAGAACGGCACGUGUGCACGGAUGUCGUCGUACUUGAACACUCUGUUCUUGGUUGGUCUGUUGAAAAUCAGCUCAAUCAACGACAUGAUGCACAUUUUCUGCUUGAGGAAAUUCACAUUGGAAGCCAGCUCCGCAACUUGUUGGAUCUCUUUACCCGUCACGACGCUCUCGAAACUCUUGAGGUCUCCAGAGUUGAGCGACAGCAACAGCUGUUUGAGCCAUGGGAUCGUCAAGUACUUGAAGAUGUCGUGCAUGAUGAUCUCGCCGAAAUUGUAGAUCUUGUCGCCCAGCAAAGCACUCACGCUGAUAUCUCUCACGAUCUCCUGUUUGUUGGUGAGGUUUUCAAGGUCGUCGAUACAUGCCAGGAACAGCAGCGAGUUGUAGUAAACGGCCGUGUAGUCACCCUUGAGCUUCAUCAGACUGGCGUUUGUGAAAUAGUAGCUUGCAUUGAUCCUGUUGUCCAAAGACCAGUUGAUGGUUUCGAUCUUCUUGGAGCAUUCGUCGAUGAUAGCGGACGCCUCGUCCACAAAUCCCAGUUUCAGCUUGACUCCCGCGAUUUCUAUUUCCAAGAACAACAACGCCUGGAGGAUGUCUAUGUCUGCGAUAUCGUCGUCGUCUGUCUUUUUGAUGUUCUUUCUAUUUUUGAUGAGUUGUUUGAGAUUCAACAGGUAUUCCAGGCUUUCUGGCAGCUCCGACUCCUGGAUCGACAACAACAGAAACUCGAUUAA